AAAAGCAGAAGAUAACUUGCAAUCUGAUUUCGUCUGCUGUUUGCAAUCACCUUCCUUCAUUUCCUUUGAUUUGCAGAGAAGACAACAUGGCUGAGGUGGGAGGAGCACUUAUCUCUGCCUUGGUUGAAGCUUUAAUUGAUAAAUUAGCAUCUCGCCAGUUCUUUGGCAUUUUUACGGGAGGAAAACUCAACGAUCGACUCUUGUGGAAGUUAGGGGCUGAAUUGCGGUCCAUGAAUGUUGUGCUUGAAGAUGCGGAGGAAAAGCAAUUUACAAAGGAUGCUGUGAAAGAUUGGCUUGCUGACUUGAGAGAUGCUGUCUAUGAUGCAGAGGACAUCUUGGAUGGUAUUGCUUCUAAAAACUUGCGACGCAAGUUAGAUGCUGAUUUUCAAACCACUGCAAUUAAGGUACGAAACCCCAUCUCCACUUCUCUUUCUGUCAAGAAGAUAGAAACAAAGAUAGAAGAGGUACUUUAUAGACUAGAUAUUCUGUCAAAACAAAAGGAUCUUCUAGGUUUGAGAGAAAGUGUUGGAGAGAAAUCAUCUGAAAAAUUGGCCACAACUUCUUUGGUUGAAGAAUCUGAAAUUUGUGGUAGGAAUGAUGAAAAGCAAGCAAUAAUUAACUGGUUGCUCUUUGAUAAUGCAAGCAACAAUGUGAUGUGUGUCAUUGCCAUAAUCGGCAUGAGGGGGAUUGGUAAGACCACCCUUGCUCAGCUUGUAUACAAUGAUCAGAGGGUGAAGGAGCACUUUAACCUUGAAGCAUGGGUUUGUGUUUCUGAAGAAUUUGAUGUAUUAAAGGUAACAAAAACAAUUCUGGAGGCAGUAACUUUGUCAACUUUUGAUAUUAAGGAUCUUAAUCAACUUCAACUUAGACUAAAGGAGUGUUUAAUGGGGAAGAAGUUUCUACUUGUUUUAGAUGAUGUUUGGAAUGAUAAUAUGGCUCAAUGGGAGGCACUAUGUAAACCCUUCAAAUAUGGGGCACUAGGAAGUAAGGUCCUAGUAACAACACGUAGUGAUAGGGUUGCAUUUGUCAUGAGUGCUAGUGCAAUGUCUCAUCGUCUAAUGGAAUUACCAGAAGAAGAUUGCUGGUCACUAUUUGCAAAACAUGCAUUCCCUGAUGGUAACUCUAAUGCACGUGUAGAGUUAGAAGUCGUAGGUAGAAAAAUCAUGAAAAAGUGUGGAGGCCUUCCGUUAGCAAUCAAGGCAAUUGGUGCUCUAUUAAGAUCUAAAUUGGAUGUUGAUGAAUGGGAUAAGAUAUUGAAGAGUGAAUUAUGGGAUUUGCCAAUUGAUGAGAUGGGCAUUCUACCGGCUCUAAGAUUAAGUUACAAAUAUCUCUCUUCACAUCUAAAGCAUUGCUUUGCUUAUUGUUCAAUAUUCCCAAAGGAUUAUUCUUUCAAAAAAGAUCAAUUAAUCUUGUUAUGGAUGGCAGAAGGUUUCCUACCGCAAACUAAAAACAGAACAAUGGAAGAAGUUGGUAGCGAGUAUUUCCUCACUCUAGAAUCAAGAUCAUUAUUCCAAAAAUCAAGUGAGAACAAGUCAUGUUUUGUAAUGCAUGAUCUUGUGAGUGAUUUAACAAAAUCUAUAUCUGGGCAAUUUAUUUCAAGGUUGGAGGAUGGUUGUUCUCAUGAGAUAACGUUGACUAAAUUUAUCGUUGGCAAAGGUAGUGGGACUUGCAUCGGAGAGUUAGGAAAUUUUACAAAUCUUCAGGGAUCGCUUUCUAUAUUGGAGCUCCAAAAUAUUGAAUCCCCUACUGAUGCUCUGAAUGCAAGCUUGAGGGAUAAAAAGUACCUCAAAGAAUUGGUAUUGGAAUGGAAUGUCGAUACUAAUUUUUCAGAAAGUCAGAGAAGUGUACUUGAUAGUCUCCAGCCCCAUACAAGCUUGAAAAGCCUCACUAUUAGAUACUACGGUGGUAAAAGUUUUUCAGAUUGGGUAGGGCAUCCUUCAUUCUCUAAUGUAGCAUCUCUUGAGCUACAAAAUUGUACGUAUUGCAACAAUUUGCCACCCCUUGGGCAGCUACAAUCUCUGCAGAACCUCUAUAUUUCUGGUUUUCAUGAAGUUGUUACAGUGGGUCGUGAGUUUUUUGGUAGCGGUUCUUCUUCAUCUAAGCCAUUUGGUGCCCUCAAAAUUCUUAAGUUCGAGAAUAUGUGGAAGUGGGGGGAAUGGAAUUAUUUUGGUGACGAAAAUGAGGGUGUAGGUUUUCCUCAACUUGAAGAGCUUUCUAUUAGAAACUGCAGUAAACUCACAGGAGGGUUGCCUGUCCAUCUUCCUUCUUUAGCCAUACUUAAGAUUGCUAAUUGUCAGCAACUGGUGGCUCCACUCCCAAGGACUCCUGCUAUACGUAAUUUGAGGUUGGAUGAUUGUAAUGGGGUUUUGUUAAAUGAAUGGCCACCAGGAAUGCAGAAGCUCGAAAUUCAAAGAUUUGAUGCACUAGAGUUUCUACCCAAGGGAAUGAUAGAGUCCAAUGGCGGUCUUCAAGAGUUGUCGAUCCAUUGGUGUUCCUCACUUGUGUCCCUUCCUAAGGAUGGUCUUCCCUCUACAUUAAAAACCCUUAAGAUUAAUAGUUGUAAGAAGUUAGAGCUCUCAACAAACCUGGACUAUUCAUCCCUUGGAAAACUCUCGUUGGUGAAUUGUCAUUCUGUGAAGUCCUUUCCAUUAGAUUUAUUUCCAAAUCUUUAUCACAUCGAAAUCACUUUAUGUGGCAAUUUGGAAUCUCUUACGGUUCCAGAAAAUUAUGAACAUGAUUUAGUCGCCUUGGAGAUUAAUAUCACACAUUGCCAUAAUUUUGUUUCUUUUCCAAAAGGAGGACUGCGUGCCCCCAACCUUACAAGAUUUAUGGUCGGGAAUUGUGGCAGUUUGAGAUCACUUCCUGACAAAAUGCACAUACUCCUUCCGUCUCUUGAGGAUUUGCAUAUAUGGAAUUGUCCAAAAGUUGAGUCGUUUCCUGAAGGGGGGUUGCCUUCCAAUUUGAAAUCAAUUUGGAUAGAUAGUUGUGAGAAACUCAUUGCAAGUCGGAUGGGAUGGGAUUUGCAAAAUCUCCCCUUUCUUAAAAAUUUUAUAAUCGAUGGCAAACCUGAAGUUGUGGAGUCCUUCCCAGAGGAGCAGUUGCUGCCCACUAGUCUGACCUCCCUUGACAUAUCGGACUUUCCAAAUUUGAAAUCUUUGGACAAGAAAGGGCUUCAACACCUCAAUGCUCUUGAAGAAUUGAGUAUCUCAAACUGCCCUAAGCUCAAUUGUAUGCCGGAACAGGGGCUGCCUCCCUCCCUUUCUAUUCUAGAAAUCAGUAGAUGUCCUUCGUUGAAGAAAAAGUUGCGAAGUAAAGAAGGAAAAGAAUGGCGCAAGAUUGCUCACCUGGAACACAUACGGAUUGAUGACGAAUGGAUUGAAUAAGCGAAAAGUCUGUCUAGCAGGAGUCCCCAUAUUUCGAGGUGGUGCCUUCUUCGGACUCUGGGUCGCCGAUGGAACUUUCCAUUGAGGUUACUGAGGUUUCGGUGGUUGCUGUGGGUGUGGCCUUGGAGUUGCCGUCUGGGGUUCCUUUUGUGGG